UUUAAAGCUGUAAAAACACCUGAUCAUGUGACCUCUAGUCAUAUGACCCUCUGACUCCUGAGGAGCUACAGUGGAUUUCCCCUGCGCAGCGGCAGACCAGGAAGAACCAAGCAGAACCAGGCGGAACCAGGCUGAAGAGAUGCAGGUCCUGCUGUGCUGCUUCCUGCUGGCUCUGCUCGGCGCCAACGCCGCCCCAGCAGCAGAUGAGAUCACCUUCCUGCCCGGCCUGCAGAAACAGCCAAGCUUCAGACAUUACUCUGGAUACCUGAACGUGGCCGAUGGGAAACACCUGCACUACUGGUUCGUGGAGUCCCAGAAUGACCCAUCCUCCGACCCGCUGGUGCUGUGGCUGAACGGCGGCCCGGGCUGCAGCUCUCUGGACGGACUGCUGACCGAACACGGUCCUUACCUGGUGCAGGACGACGGGAUAACUCUGCAGUACAACCCCUACUCCUGGAACAAGAUCGCCAACAUGUUGUAUCUGGAGUCUCCGGUGGGCGUCGGCUUCUCGUACUCUGACGAUCAGCGCUACGUCACCAACGACACCGAGGUGUCCAUGAACAACUACCUGGCUCUGAAGGAGUUCCUCCGCCUGUUCCCCAAGUUUAGCAACAAUCAGGUGUUCCUGACCGGAGAGAGUUAUGGAGGAAUCUACAUCCCAACGCUGGCCGAGAGAGUGAUGGAGGACGCCAGCAUCAACCUGCAGGGCGUUGCCGUGGGAAACGGGAUGUCGAGCUAUGAGCUGAACGAUAACUCUCUGGUGUACUUCGCCUACUACCACGGCCUGCUGGGAAGCCGCCUCUGGACCGAUCUGCAGAAAUUCUGCUGCAGCGCCGGGAAAUGCAACUUCUACAACAACCAGGACCAGAACUGCAUCGAGAGCCUGUCGGAGGUCCAGACCAUCGUCUACGCUUCUGGACUGAACAUGUACAACCUGUACGCUCCCUGUCCAGGUGGAGUUCACCGCAGAGUCAGCCUGGAGGGGGACCAGCUGGUCAUCAGAGAUCUGGGGAACUCGUUCAUCAACCAUCAGAUGACUCAGGAGUGGAGCCAGAAGUUCAGGGGUUUGGCGUCGGUGUUUCGGUCCGUCCGUCUGGACCCGCCCUGCACUAACUCCACCCCCUCCUCGCUGUACCUGAACAACCCGCUCGUCAAAGCUGCUCUGCACAUCAGCCCCAAGGCUCUGGACUGGGCCAUCUGCAGCUCUGAGGUGAACCUGAACUACGGACGACUCUACCUGGACGUCAGGAAACAGUACCUGAAGCUGCUCUCUGCUCUGAAGUACCGGGUCCUGGUGUAUAACGGGGACGUGGACAUGGCCUGUAACUUCAUGGGAGACGAGUGGUUUGUUGAGUCUCUGCAGCAGCAGGUGGAGGUCCAGAGGCGCCCGUGGCUCUACGAUGACAUCGACGGUCGGCAGGUCGGAGGUUUCGUCAAAGAGUUUGACAACAUCGCCUUCCUGACGGUGAAGGGUUCAGGUCACAUGGUUCCCACAGACAAACCCAUCGCCGCCUUCGCCAUGUUCAGCAGGUUCAUCAAGAAGCAGCCGUACUGAUCCGGCUGGUCCGGUUCUGCUCUGUUUGGACUCUCUGAGUUGCCGUACUUUUUAACUCGUGAUUUUUUUUUUUAAUCCACUGCCACCAAUCAGCAACCAGAUCAUUGUGAAAGGAAAUGAACCAAUCACAUCGCUGCCCUUGGCCGACGCCCCCUUUUGGUGGCGGCAGCCUGUGGUUGUCAUGGAAAUGAGCACUGCCACCUGUCUGUCCGUUGAUUUGUUUUUUAAAUUAUCGGCCUGAAUGUGAAACUUGUUUUCAAUUAAAGGGAAAACUAGAUAUUAAAUGAGAUUUUAAUUAAAAA